AUGAGGCGCGAGUCCCUGGGCGUGACGUCCUCACUCCUUGUCCGGGUGCCGGUCCUUUUGUCUCGCCUCGCAGGUAGACGACAGAGUAGCAGCCGGACGAGGGCCAGCAGCAGGCGGCCGGUCCCGGGCGACGCCGACGACGCCAUGCCGGAGAAGAAGAACCCGCUGCAGGCCGCGUUCUGCGGCGAGGAGGUGAUCGCCGAAUUCGAGGCGCUGACGCGGGACGCCGCCGCCGUGCAGCGGGACACGCUGCGCCGGAUCCUCGGCGACAACGCCAGCGCCGAGUACCUCCGGUGCCGGGGCCUCGCGGGACGCACCGACGCCGCCAGCUUCCGGGCCUGCGUGCCGCUCGCCACGCACGCCAACAUCGAGCCCUACAUUGCGCGCAUCGCCGACGGCGACACCUCCGCCGUGCUCACCGCCAAGCCCAUCACCUCCAUCUCCCUCAGCUCCGGCACGACGCAGGGGAAGCGCAAGUACCUGCCCUUCAACCAGGAGCUCGUCAAGUCCACGAUGCAGAUAUACCGGACUUCCUACGCCUUCAGGAACAGGGCGUUCCCCGUGGAGGACGGCAAGGCGCUGCAGUUCAUCUACGGCAGCCGGCAGUUCACCACCACGGGCGGGCUGACGGCGACGACGGCCACCACCAACGUGUACCGGAGCGAGGAGUUCAUGCCCACGAUGCGCGCCAUCCAGUCGCAGGUGUGCAGCCCGGAAGCCGUGAUCUUCGGCGCCGACUUCGCGCAGUCGCUCUACUGCCACCUCCUGUGCGGCCUGCUGUACGCCGACGAGGUCUGCAUCGUGUCCGCCACCUUCGCACACAGCCUCGUGCUCGCCUUCCAGACCUUCGAGCGCGUCUGGGAGGACCUGGCCGUCGAGGCGCUGCUCACGGGCCCGAACCCGGCGCUCGCCGACGAGGUGGCGCGCAGGUGCGCCGGGCUCAGCAACUGGUACGGCAUCAUCCCGGCGCUCUUCCCCAGCGCCAGGUACGUGCACGGCAUCAUGACGGGCUCCAUGGAGCACUACGUCAAGAAGCUCCGCCACUACGCGGGCGGGUUGCCCCUCGUCGCCGCCGAGUACGGCGCGUCCGAGGGAUGGGUCGGCGCCAACGUCGAGCCCGAGACGCCGCCGGAGUCCGUCACCUUCACCGUGCUCCCUAACAUCGCCUACUUCGAGUUCAUCCCGCUCAAGGCCACCAGCUGCCACGGCGGUGCCGCUGACGACGAUACCUGCUACGCCGAGGCCGAGCCCGUCGGCCUCACCGAGGUCACCGUCGGCGAGCACUACGAGGUUGUCGUCACCACCUUCGCAGGGCUGUACCGGUACCGUCUAGGGGACGUGGUGAAGGUGGCCGGGUUCUACAACUCGACGCCGAAGCUCCAGUUCGUGUGCCGGCGGAACCUGAUGCUGAGCAUCAACAUCGACAAGAACAGCGAGCAGGACCUGCAGCUGGCCGUGGACAGCGCCGCCAAGAUCCUGGCGGCGGAGAAGCUGGAGGUGGUGGACUACAGCAGCCACGCGGAGGUGUCCCGCGACCCGGGCCACUACGUCGUCUUCUGGGAGAUCAACGCCGACGGCAACGACGACGUGCUGCAGAGCUGCUGCGACGAGCUGGACCGCGCCUUCACGGACCCGGGGUACGUGGGGUCACGGAAAACCAGCGGCAUCGGGCCCCUGGAGCUGCGGGUGCUGCAGCGGGGCACCUUCCAGAAGGUGCUCCGCCACUACCUUUCCCUCGGCGCCCCCGUCAGCCAGUUCAAGUCGCCGCGGUGCGUCGGACGGUCCAAUAACUCCGGCGUCCUCCAGAUCCUCUCCGCCAACGUCGUCAAGGUCUUCUUCAGCGCCGCCUACGACUGA